UCAACGUUGUAAUAGCAUAUUGGAAGGUCGCUCGAGGAAACACUGCAAUCCAUCAGACUAAGCUAUAUUUGAACAUAUUUUAGAGAGGUUCUCUCAGUUGCCGGCUGCAUUUGAUAAUUACAGGGUUGCGUUGAAUUAGAAAACAGUUUUUCCAGUGUUGUGAUGGAAUCUUCUGAUAUUUUGAGUGUGGACAAAAGUCCGGACAGUUACGAUGAGUAUAAAUUUCCGCUUGACGAGCACUACCGAAAGAUGGCUCAAGAAGGUCUCGGCGAAACGGACGAAAUUUGUCAACAGUCGUUAACGCAGAUGCGCGAAUGGAUCGCUAAACAUCCCUUCAUUGGCAAAUGCCGAACGGAUUCCCUGUUUCUGUUGCGUUUUCUUCGCAUGAGGAAGUUUUCCGUUCCGAAAGCCCAGGAAACACUUGAACGCUAUCUGGCAAUGAGACAAGCUUUUCCGCACUGGUUCCAGAAGUUGGAUCCACUGGAUGCAGAUAUGCAAGAACUGCUUGAAGAUAAUCAAUUCCAAAUUUUAGGCCAGGACUCGAAACGACGGACGGUGAGUUUGAUUAAGUUGAAAUCUUUCAACGUGGAAAAGUUUACUUCGGCACAUCAAUCACGUCAUAUGCAGCUUCUGUUAGAGACUUUAUUUGACGACGAGCGGACACAGAUUGGAGGAUACGUGGUAAUGGCUCUCUAG